AAGAAACCGUUUAUAGUUGGAACAAAAUUGGGUAGCAAAGGGACACGAGAACUUUCUCUGGGCUUUUUCCACAUCGUUUAUUUCUCCGACCUGUAAACGAAAAUGGCAGAAACUGCGUUCAGAUGUCACGAUCUGAUGCUUCCAAUUCCAUACAUAUAAUAGAUAUUCAUAUCUUUCACUUUCACGGAGAAUUAACCCUAGCUUUUUACUACAUACAAAACAGUUACACAUAUCAGCAGAGAGAAAGAAUGGUGCUAUGGGAGAUCACAUUGGGAACAGCGUAUUUUUUGGGAUUGAAGAGGACAUACAAGCUUGCUCUCAGAAUUCAACGACGUCUUGUUGGUCCUACACGCCCUAAGAUUCGUCAAUUCCUUCAAAGGAAAACACGAUCCAUAUUUGAUGUGGCACUAAAGGUUCAUCGUGAGGUACAACAAAGAGACAUUGAAGUUGGUAGAAACCUUGAUGCUUUUGAAGCUUCUUUAUCAAGCUUUCCAGUGGGUUCAUUCGAGGGAUUUAAUAUGAGUUUUCAAGAUAUUGAAGCGGGUCGCCCGCUCAAUUCUCGACGCGCGGGCUACACGGGCAUGAAGCCACAAGACCCAACCCAAGCUAUUGCUUCUGGAAUCUUCCAGAUCAAUACUGCUGUCUCUACGUUUCAGAGGCUAGUAAAUACUCUUGGUACCCCUAAAGACACCCCCGAGCUCCGUGAAAAGCUGCAUAAAACAAGACUACAUAUUGGGCAACUGGUGAAGGAUACAUCUGAAAAACUUAAGCAAGCCAGUGAAACAGAUCAUCGUGCUGAAGUUAGUGCCAGCAAAAAGAUAACAGAUGCUAAACUUGCUAAAGAUUUUCAAGCAGUUUUAAAAGAAUUUCAAAAAGCACAACGCCUUGCAGCUGAAAGAGAGACAGCUUACUCUCCUGCUGUUCCUCAAGCUAUUCACUCCUCACGUAAUGAAGCUGGUGAAGUGGAUGCAAGCUCAGGCAGAAGUCCAGAACAGCAUGCCCUUCUUGUCCAAUCUAAAAGGCAAGAAGUGUUGUUAUUGGACAAUGAGAUUGCAUUCAAUGAGGCUAUAAUUGAGGAAAGAGAUCAGGGAAUACAAGAGAUUCAGAACCAAAUUGGUGAGGUGAAUGAAAUAUUUAAAGAUCUUGCUGUUUUGGUUCAUGAACAAGGAACUAUGAUCGAUGAUAUUGGGUCAAACAUCGAGAACUCUCAUGCUGCAACUUUACAGGGAAAAUCCCAUCUUGCUAAAGCAUCAAAGACUCAAAGAUCAAACUCUUCUAUGACUUGCUUGCUUAUGGUGAUCUUAGGGAUUGUGCUUCUGAUUGUGAUCAUAAUACUUGUGGUCUGAUCUUGAAUAUUGGUAAUGGAAGAUUCUGUCUUUUGUUUGUAUAUGUUGAAUUUCUUAUUUCUUGUGAGUUCUUUGCAGGGUUUCUUUCUGCUAAAUUUGAUUUUUUUUUUUUGGGGGGGUUGUGGGGUAUUAAUUUGUUUUAUGGUAUUUGGUUAAUGUAUAAAUCCUGCAGCCUUUUUGGUAGAUUGAAUGUUGCACUUUUUGUUUCUGGAAAAUAAAUUGUGUAGUUUGUUAAAGGUGAUGAAAGUUGCAUACGUAUAUGCUUUGGCUCAAAAGAAACCAAUAAGAUUGUCAUUUUUUAGGUGUGGCUUGAUAUGUGUGGAGUAAACUACAAAUUGGUUUUUGUUCGAG